AUGCCUCAGAGACAUUCGAAGAACAACAACGAUCUCGCGUUCUUCACGUACGACGAGAAGCGGAAGCUUGGUUAUGGAACGCAGAAGGAGAGGUUGGGGAAGGAUUCCAUCAAACCCUUCGAUGCUUGCUCUCUCUGUCUCAAAUCCUUAAUUGAUCCCAUGAGCUGCCAAAAAGGUCAUCUUUUCUGUAAAGAGUGCAUUCUUGAGUGCUUGUUGUCUCAGAAGAAGGAUAUUCAAAGGAGGCUUGUGGCACAUUCUGCUCAGCAGAAGCAAGAAAAAGAAGAGGAAGAAGAGAAAUUAACGUUGCAGAAGGCUAAAGAGCUUGACGCAUUUGAUCAGCAGAAUCACGGUGCUGUACCACAAUACAGUGAUAGAAGCUAUAGCCGAGACAAGAAUGGUUUCCAUGGUGCAAACAGUGUGAAGGUCACUUCCUAUGAGGAGGAAGCCCUUAGGACAAUGAAGGCAUUUUGGUUACCUUCCGCUACACCAGAAGCUUCUGUUAAAGUAGAUGCUCCUUCUACCACUACUAUCUGUCCAGAAGGCAAGGAGAACCUAAAAUUAAAGACACUUUUCCCUGUCCAGUUCACUGAAGAUACUACCGAGCAGAAUAAAUCCAACGCCCUUGACCGGAGCUACGUUUGUCCUAGCUGCAAAACCACUCUCACCAACACAAUGUCACUUGUAGCCCUCAGUUCAUGUGGGCAUGUUUUUUGUAAAAAAUGUUCUGACAGAUUUAUGGCUGUCGACAAGGUUUGUCUUGUUUGCAACAAGGCGUGUAAAGAGAGACAUUUGGUGAAUCUGAAGAGGGGAGGUACAGGUUUUGCUGGUCAUGAUGAUAAUCUUGAAGCCAAAGAUUUUAAGCAUUUGGGAAGCGGCUCUGGUUUGGGGCUGGUUAGACCUGCGAUGAAAACUUAA